AUGGAUUCUCCAAACAUCUCCGCGUAUGACUCCGCUGCACGAAUCUGGAAACAAUUAGGUCUUCCGGAGGUUGCUUUGGCAUCACUCGAGUUGCCACUAGAUGCUGAAUGCUUCCCGUCUUCUUUCAAGGUCGAUGUUCUCGCACAGUCAACCAUUGGUGUAUCUGCACUUGCGGCAGCUCUUUACUGGUCCGUUCAGCACAACAACACCAUACCGCGCGUCGUUGUUCCAGCCGAGCAUGCGUGUGUCGAGUUCAAAUCUGAGCGACUUUACACUCUUAACGGAGAAUCUGCAUCCCCACCCUGGGGCACCAUUGGUGGACUACACAAGGCUUCUGACGGCUACGUCAGGAUUCACGACUCUUUUCCGAACCACCGGCGAAAUGCACUACAGAUCCUAGGAUUGGGUUCUGAUGCCUCCAAGGACGAUGUUGUAAAAGAGGUGGCCAAGUGGAAAGCUGUCGAAUUAGAAACUGAAGCUUUUCGAAGAGGUGCUGUCAUCGCCGCAGUGCGAUCUCUUGAGGAAUGGGACGCACUACCGCAAGCCGAAGCUAUCGCGGAUUCUCCGAUACUGAUAAACAAGGUCACUCACACCACCCCCUACAUACCUUCGAUGCCACCAGUGGCAGACAAAUGUUUACAAGGAAUUCGUGUAGUUGAGAUGAUCCGAGUAAUCGCCGCGCCAGUUGCGGGUAAGACACUAGCCGCACAUGGGACAGACGUAAUCUGGGUCACGUCGCCAUCUUUGCCAGCUCUUCCAGACCUCGACAUUGAUCUAUCCCGCGGGAAGCGCACGGUACAGCUGGAUAUCGAGAAGGAGGAAGACAAAGCGACGCUGUUGGAUCUACUUUCCACAGCUGACGUCUUCAUUCAGAGCUAUCGUCCUGGAAGCCUUGCGGGGAAAGGACUAUCUGCAGAAGAACUCCACAAGACCAAUCCAAACUUGAUCGUGGCAAGCCUAAAUGCUUAUGGUCCAUCCGGACCAUGGAGUAAGAAUCGUGGAUUUGACUCGCUCGUACAAGCUUGCUCUGGUAUCAAUGUUGCAGAAGCUCAAGCCUACGGUGGAGACGAGCCUACACGCGUGUUGCCAUGUCAAGCUUUUGAUCACGGUGCUGGAUACCUUUUAGCAACCGGUGUUAUGGCCGCACUGUACAAACGCGCCACCGAAGGAGGUACAUAUGAAGUGGCGGUAUCGCUGGCUGGCGUCAUGAAAUACCUACGGUCUUUGGGUCGCUACGAAGGUAAGAGUGGUUUUGACCGCAAAGACUUUGAGAAAGCGCAAGAUGUAGAAGAGUACCUUGAGUCGAGAGAUACGGCCUUUGGUACUCUGAGGGCUGUCAAAUACGCUGCGAAGAUUUUCAACCUUGAUGUCGGAUGGGAUGUCAUGCCCAAGCCCCUGGGUAGUGACACUCCUGUGUGGCUCCAAGGUCAUCGUUGA